CUUACUCGUUCAGUGAUGACUUAUAUUAGUUUCCAAACGUAAUAAGGGAAGUGUGGGAUUGAAGAGCAAAAAUCACCAAAUUAACUCCAUAAUACCUCAUAAAAACCCUCAGAGAGGCAAGACAAGGACCUAAACAGGCCUAACGAUGUUUUCUUUCAUGAGUAAGAGCGAAAGUGGCCGUAAAAACCCACAAGUUUUCGGGUCGGUGUUGGAUGGCUUGAAAAAACUCUACAUGAAAAAUCUCAAACCUUUAGAAGAUCAGUACUUGUUUAGCGACUUCCAUUCACCUCCAUUGACUGAACCAGACUUCCACGCUAAGCCUAUGGUUCUCUUAGUAGGACAGUACUCUACAGGAAAGACCACAUUCAUUAAAUAUCUACUAGAACAAGAUUUCCCUGGCAUUAGAAUUGGACCAGAGCCUACAACAGAUAGCUUCAUAGCUGUGAUGCAUGGAGACACGAGUCAAGUCAUACCUGGGAAUGCCCUUAUAGUUGACCCAAAAAAGCAAUUCCGCUCACUCAGCUCCUUCGGUAAUGCUUUCUUGAAUCGUUUCUGCUGCUCUGAGCUGCCAAAUGCUGUAUUAGAGAGUCUUACGAUCGUAGACACCCCUGGAAUCCUAUCCGGUGAAAAGCAGAGUGUCGCACGAGGGUACGACUUCACCGGCGUCUUAAAAUGGUUCGCAGAACGUUGCGAUCGCAUUAUCUUACUCUUCGAUGCUCAUAAGCUUGAUAUUUCGGAUGAAUUCCAAAGAGGAAUAGAGGUUCUUAAGAACUACGAUGAAAAAAUUCGCAUCGUCUUGAACAAAGCAGACAUGGUCACAACGCAGCAGUUGAUGAGAGUCUAUGGAGCCCUGAUGUGGUCUUUGGGCAAAGUCAUAAAUACUCCAGAGGUUGCACGUGUAUAUAUUGGGUCCUUCUGGAAUCAGCCCCUACAGAUUGACGACAAUCGAAAAUUAUUCGAGAUGGAGGCUACCGAUUUGUUCAGAGAUAUGCAAGAUUUGCCCAAGAAUGCAGCUCUGAGGAAACUCAAUGAUUUCAUCAAGAGAGCUCGCCUAGCAAAGGUACAUGCCUAUAUUAUUUCUGAGCUAAAGAAUCAAAUGCCAUCUAUGUUUGGCAAGGAGAAAAAGAAAGAACAGCUCAUCAAGAACCUGAUAGAUAUCUACAGUAAAAUCCAAGCAGAACACAACAUCUCUCCGGGAGACUUCCCAUCACUCUCCAAGUUUAAAGAUCAACUUCAGCACCAUGAUUUUUCAAAGUUCAGUGGGAUGCGCACCAAACUGAUUCAAAAUCUGGACAGCAUGCUUGCUAACGACAUCCCAAGAUUAAUGCAAAUGAUCCCCCAGGAGCAGCAUGAUGACGCUGACAAACCUCCUGUUACAGGUGGCGCCUUUACCAUCAGACAUUCAACAAAUAACCCAUUCUCUCAAGGAGCUUGUGAGGGAGUUGCAUUGGGUGCAGGAAGUAAUGAAUGGAUUGUAAGAGAUUUCCAACCUGUCUAUGACAAGAUUUUCGAGUCUUUAAAUCCAGCAGAUGGGAAAGUUUCUGGUGCCAAGGCGAAGAAAGAAAUGGUCAAAUCCAAACUACCAAAUACUGCUUUGGGUCGCAUUUGGAAGCUUUCUGAUGUUGACCGCGAUGGAUGCCUAGAUAGAGAUGAAUUUGCUCUCGCAAUGUACCUGAUCAAAAUCAAACUAGAAGAUAAUGAUAUUCCAGAAGAACUACCCAACCACUUGAUACCACCAUCUAAAAGGCAAAACAGUCGGGCUGAUCCAAUUGAGUAUGACUAAGCUUUUUUAGGGAAUUCUUAAAAACUGUAUGUUGAACGUUUACAGUGUGAACACAAUAACCAGGACCACUUUUACAAUGCUAGCCAAUCACAACAUAGAACGAAAACAAAGCAAUCAAACUGAACCAAUCAGAAGCAAGCAUCUAUGCCUUGAUAUCUGAGAAAUAACAUUAAGAUAUUAACAACAACUUUGGGAAUGAACAUGAAUGAAAGAUUGUGAUUGGCUGAGGUUAAGAUGCGAAAUACCCAAAUUAUUUUUUUGUGCAAUGCGUUUCCAGCUUGUUCUACUUUAAAACAAUUGGUUGAUAAGCACUUAAUACCUGUUAGUUAUGAUACUGAUUUUGCCCUCUUUUCUUCUGAUUGGCUGAAGUUUUCACUAUACAAAGUGAUUGACUUACUUUGUAAAUGUAGUCCUGGUUAGUGAGUGGUCAAUGCUGUAAGAUACUUGUGUAUAUUAUUUUAUUGAAUUUAAGUGAUUAGUUCGAAUAAGUAAGAAUAUUCUAUACAUAACUUCUUAGUUGAGUUUGGCAGGUUGACAGUUUUAAUUAUAAUAAUUAUGAUGAUGAUGACAGGGCAGAAAAACGGGUUCUACUUUCUACGUUUAUGCGUUAAUAAGCUUUAUAUUUAAUAAACAGGCUCUUUUGGGGCUGAUUAACAAAAUACCAAAAUUUGGAGAAAUUUAAGGAAUGCGUAUUUGAGAUAUAACGCCCUGAACGUUGGGAGAGAGGAUGUUUUAAUCAGCACAAAAACUAACAUUUUCGCUAAUACCUCGAAGUAGAAUUGCUCGAGGUUAGCAGAAUUUUGUGUAAAGUUUAAAAAACAAGAAAC